AUGCAUCGCCACGCCGCUAACACGCCACCCGAGCGGGAUAGCUCGCCGCCCGGCACUGCCCAACGUCGCUCGAAACGCCUCUCAAACGCAGGCUUCGUGAUUAGGAUCCGCGGCGGGAAGACCGAUGGCAGCAAGACCGCCUCUCGUACAAUGAGCCAGCCGGAACCGGCCGUCGGCGACCAGCGGCGCAACCCAAAACGCAAAGCUGCCGCGCCGCCCCAGAGCCAUGUGUUGCCCGACAACCUACUCGAAGAGGCCUUGAAGCCCCUCACGUCUGCGGACAUUGAGGAAUGGGACGGGUGGAUUGAGCUAGAAUCUGAGCCUGCAUUCUUCAACACGAUUCUGAAAGACCUCGGAGUAAAGGACGUCAAAGUGCAAGAGCUGUUCUCUCUCGAUCAAGACUCGCUAGAUUUUCUACCGAAGCCUGUUUAUGGCCUCAUAUUUCUCUUCCAGUACGCCCCGUUUCACGACGAUAACCAAGUCGAAGACGAGAGCGGGCCAACAACCUCCAACGCAUGCGCCACCGUUGCGCUGCUCAACAUUGUCAUGAACCACACCGCCAUCGACCUAGGGAGCGAGCUCAGGAUAUUCAAAGAAGCCACCGCCGGGAUGAGCACCGCAGUACGAGGGUAUGAGCUGGGUAGAAACAAAUUCAUCAGGAAGAUGCACAAUUCUUUUGCGCGUCGUAUGGACUGCCUAAACGCCGACCUAUUCUUGGAGAACGACGCAUCCGACGCAAAGUCACGCAAACGCGGGGCAGCAUCCCUCACCGCAUCUCGCAAGAAGAAACCCAAGAAGCGUCACAGCAGCGACUAUGGCUACCAUUUCAUUGCUUAUGUCCCAUCGGGGGGCUUCGUUUGGGAGCUAGACGGGCUUCGCGGAAACCCCCAAAAGCUUGGUAGCUUCGAUGGCGACGGCUGGACAAAUCUGGCUCGGCCGCAGAUUGAGGCUCGCAUGCUGCAGUACGAAGAGAACCAAAUUUCAUUCAAUUUACUCUCCCUCUGCCAGAGCCCCCUUCAAAAAAACAAGAAAUCCGUGCUAAGCGCAUUGACAGCUGUACGCUUCUUGGAUUCGCAAGCCAAAACGCAGCAUGAGGACGUUUACACGACGCUCGUCUCCAACAGCGACACGCAGCUUGAUCCCAACGAUCCUCUACUUUUAGCCGAGUAUAACUUAAAAUCAGAGGAUGUUGCCAAGGAACCGCCCACCGAGGUCAUCAAGGCGAGAGUGUCCAAGGCCUGCAGCAUUAGUGCGCGCGACGCAGCAAGUCUACGGCACGAGCUUGUGACGGAGGCUCGUGCUUCUAUGGGAGAGUACCGCGGCGAGGCCAUGGCCGCCAUGGCCGACGAGGAGCGUGUGGCGGAGCGGAAGAAGGACUACGGCAGCGUGCUGCACAAGUGGAUUUCGAAAUUGGCUGAAAAGGGUGUCCUGGAAGAUAUCAUCAAGAUGUCGUCCUAG